AUGGAUAUCCUUUACAAGCCUCCAAUGAACCAAGAAGUCGAGUGUAAGAUGCUCGAAAAGAACUAUGUGACUUGUCUCCAUGAAAAGAGCGUGAAAGAUGUGGAUGUUCCAAUGAAAUGCAAUGUGGAAAGAGUAAAUUUUAUAGUAGAUUCUUUGGUUUAACGUAGACUGUCCUACUCGCUAUGAGAGAUUUACGACUCCUGAAGGACUGAAGUCUGCUUAUGAAGAUUGGAAGAAAGGCACUUAUGAUGAAGCUUAA